ACAUUUAUAAGAAAUAUUUGCUCUAGUUUUGAAACCCAGAGCUGCUGGAGGUGUGAGUGACAAGUCUUACAAGUGGCCUUAUUCCAACUCCAGAAAUUCCCCACUGGAACUUUGAGAUUCUUAUUUUAUAUACAAUCCUAAAGUGGCAGGAAACAUGCCAACUCAAUCCCUCUUAGUGUACAUGGACGGACCAGAGGUUAUUGGCAACUCUCUUGGCACGCAGAUGGAGAUGGAUGAUGCCAUGUCAAUAAAAGGGACCACGGCUGUUCCUUUCAGAGCCAAUCAGGAAAAAAAUAUAAUCCAAAUAGAAGGAUAUUUGCCCUUGGACUGCAUGUUCUGCAAUCAGACCUUCACGCAUUCGGAAGACCUUAAUAAACAUGUAUUACUGCAACAUCGGCCCACCCUCUGUGAACCUGCAGUUCUCCGUGUUGAAGCAGAGUAUCUUAGUCCUCUUGAUAAAUGUCAAAUGCAAACAGAAUCUCCAAAGGACAAGAAUUGCAAAGAAAAUGAAGACUUCAGCUGUGAAGUAUGUGGGCAGACGUUUAGAGUUGCUUUUGAUGUUGAGAUUCACAUGAAGAAACACAAGGACUCUUUCACUUAUGGGUGUAACAUGUGUGGAAGAAGAUUCAAGGAGCCAUGGUUUCUUAAAAAUCACAUGCGGACACACAAUGGCAAAUCGGGGGCCAGGAACAAACUGCAGCAGAGCUUGGAGAGUCCCGUAACGAUCAAUGAGGUUGUGCAGGCACAUGCAGCCGAGAGCAUCUCAUCUCCCUACAAAAUCUGCAUGGUUUGUGGCUUCCUAUUUCCAAAUAAAGAAAGUCUAAUUGAGCACAGCAAGAUGCACACCAAAGAAGCUGCUUCCGGUACCAGCAGCACGCAGACACUCUCUCGACAACAGGGCAUGCCAUCUCCGAGGGAAGAGUUCCUGCAGUUUUUAAACUUAAGACCAAAAUCUCAUCCUGAAACCGUGAAGAAGCCCGUCAAAUCGAUACCUCAGCUUGAUCCAUUCACCACCUAUCAGGCCUGGCAACUGGCCACCAAAGGCAAAGUUGCCAUUGCCCAAGAAGAAGUGAAGGAAUCUGGGCAAGAAGGGAGUACUGACAAUGACGAUUCGUCUUCAGAGAAAGAAGAACUUGGAGAAAUUUGGAAUGCAGGUAAAAGCCAUUCAGAAAGUUCUGGCAAGUCCAAAACGAACAAAAGCAGUUGUCCAGGCCUCUCGCAAGAUAAAGAGAAGUCCAGACACUCCAACAGUGAAGUGCCUUCUGUGGAUGCGGAUGCCAAGUUAUCCAGUAACAAAGAGAAGCCGACGCAUUGCUCUGAGUGUGGCAAAGCCUUCAGAACCUACCACCAGCUGGUCUUGCACUCACGUGUGCACAAGAAGGACAGGAGGACAGAUGCCGCAUCGCCAACCAUGUCCGUCGAUGGAAGGCAGCUUGGGACGUGCUCUCCAGACCUGACCACCCCUCUGGAUGAAAGUGGAGCCAUGGAUCGAGGAGAAGGAGGUUCUGAAGAUGGGUCUGAGGAUGGGCUUCCUGAAGGGCUUCAUUUGGAUAAAACUGAUGAUGGAGGAAAAAUAAAGCAUCUUGCAUCUUCAAGAGAGUGUAGUUAUUGUGGAAAGUUUUUCCGUUCAAAUUAUUACCUCAAUAUUCAUCUCAGAACGCAUACAGGUGAAAAACCAUACAAAUGUGAAUUUUGUGACUAUGCUGCAGCCCAGAAGACAUCUCUGCGCUAUCACCUGGAGAGACAUCACAAGGAUAAACAGAUUGAUGUUGCUGCCGAAGUCAAGAAUGAUGGUAAAAAUCAGGAGACUGAAGAUGCACUAUUAAUCACUGACAGUGCACAUACCAAAAAUUUGAAAAGAUUUUUUGAUGGUGCCAAAGAUGUUACAGGCAGUCCACCUGCAAAGCAGCUGAAGGAGACACCUUCUGUCUUUCAGAAUGUUCUGGGCAGCACUGUCCUCUUACCAGCACACAAAGAUACUCAGGAUUUCAAUAAAAAUGCAGCUGAUGAUGGUGCUGAUAAAGUGAGCAAAAAUCCCACCCCUGCUUACAUGGACAUGUUAAAAAAAAGAUCAGCGGUUGAACCUCAGGCAAAUAACCUCAUCUGUAAAGCAGAGGUGGACAUUGCUCCUCCUGCAGAUGGCAGUACCACCCACAGUGUCGAAGUUGGCCACAAAGAGAGGAACGUGGGGAUCGCAGCAGACUGCGCAUUCAAGCCAAGCGGGGACUGUCAAGAAAAACCUUUAAAUUUGUCCCUUGGGGCUAUUCACAGUUGCCCAGCAAUUUCUUUGAGUAAAAGUUUAAUUCCAAGUAUCACCUGCCCAUUCUGUACCUUCAAGACUUUUUAUCCAGAAGUUUUAAUGAUGCACCAGAGACUGGAGCAUAAAUACAAUCCUGACAUUCAUAAAAACUGUAGAAACAAAUCUUUGCUUAGAAGCAGACGUACCGGAUGCCCACCAGCUUUACUGGGAAAAGACGUGCCUCCCCUGCCUAGUUUCCAUAAACCCAAGCCCAAGUCUGCUUUCCCAGUGCAGUCCAAGUCUCUGCCACCUGAGAAAGCUAAGCAGAGCCCCCCAGGGCCAGGCAAAGCCCCUCUGACUUCAGGGAUAGAUUCCAGCACUUUAGCCCCAAGUAACCUGAAGUCACACAGGCCACAGCAGAGCAUCGGGGGCCAAGGGCUAACCACCACCAGACAGCAGCAGUCUGAGAUGUUUUCUAAAACCAGUGUUGCUCCUGCACCGGAGAAAACUAAAAGACCUGAGACGAAAUUAAAACCUCUAGCAGUAGCCUCUUCUCAGCCCACCCUCAGCAGCAGUAACAUCAAUGGUUCCGUUGACUACCCUAAGAAUGACAGUGCGUGGGCCCCUCCAGCAAGAGACUAUUUCUGUAAUCGGAAUGCAGGCAGCGCUGCAGCGGAAUUUGGUGAGCCCCUUCCCAAAAGACUGAAGUCCAGUGUGGUUGCUCUUGACCUUGAUCAGCCCGGACCCAACUAUAGUAGAAGAGGCUAUGACCUGCCCAAGUACCAUGUUGUCAGAGGUAUCACGUCGCUGUUGCCGCAGGAGUGUGUGUGCCCACCGUCCCCAGUGUUGUCUCCCAAGCCCAGGUUCUUGAGCACCAGUGAGGUCGAGUCUCCAAACGUGCUGACUGUGCAGAAGCCCUACAGUGGCCCUGGGCCACUGUACACGUGCGGACCCGCUGGUGGCCCAGCACCCACCUCGACCCUGGAAGGAAAAAGGCCUGUGUCUUAUCAACACUUAUCUAGCAGCAUGCUACAAAAGAGAAACUAUGAGAAUUAUAUUGGGAAUGCACAUUAUCGACCAAAUGACAAAAAAACUUGAUUUCCUAUUUUGGGGAAAAAAAGGUCUUGAUGGAUAUAAAUGUAUACCCUCCAUGAAACUAAAUUUUAGUUCAUCCUUUGAGAAGACAAAGGUGAAAGCUACUGAAAUAAGCUGUGAUUGUACU